AUGAAGAGGUCUUCUAAACUCGCGCUCCCCAUUGUAGUCAUCUCAGUGCUGGUCGCUUGCAGUCCAACGGAGGCAUGGUACAAGCAGGUGGCCGGCCCAACCUACUACUCCGUAGGCAGGGCGUCCGGUUUGCUGUCCGGUAUCCGGAGAUCAGCUUUCGUGAGGAGAGAGGAGCCGCACCAUGCAGACACUGACGAGUCCGCAACAAACAACGUGUUCUCUGAGAUCCCGGCGUCCAGUUCCAUCUUGAAGACGAUGCCCGUUUGUAUAAAAGAUAUUACACCAAACCUGCAGAGCUGUGAACGCAUCCAGGACAUCAAGGCUUCAUUUCGGUGCAAAGCAGACGUCUUCCUCUCUCUGGACUCCUCAGAUUGUGAAGCAGACUAAGCAGCAAAGCCAACAGCUGGGAUAGAUGACCAAGCAUACUUCUUGAAGGACUGACAUUUUAAAACUGGACAUUUUAAUAAGUGUUGCACUAGAGACGCUACUCU